AUGGUUAGACCAUCUCUUAACAAGCUCUCUCAGCAUAUAUUCGUCAUGCUUCUCCCUCAGAGCAGGCAAAACCUAACCACACACAACAAUAGGAAACUAAAGGACAAUCAAGAGGUUGGAGGUCAUGUAGUGGACUUAACUGGGAACACAGCUAAAAAGCAGAAGAGGCUUAGGGUCUCUAGUUCUGCUGGAAAGGAAUCAGAUGGUGAUAGUGUUAAUGCUGUUUUGGACAGAAGAGUUAGCCAGGCAAGUGAUAAAUAUUGUGCUUCUCAUCCGGAUUCCAUGGCAACUGCUUCGAGCUCGUUUAAGAGUUUUGGCUCUCGUAAAACCAAAACUAAUAUUCAGGAAGCCAAAGGCUCACCAAUUGGAUUGUCACCGUUGAAGAUGUUAGACACAGAUAAGGGAAGAAGGAACCACUCAGAAAAGGAUGAGUAUCGUGAUACCAAGUUCAGGGCUAGUUCUGGGGUAAAGAGAUGGUCAAAUGGUGAGAGAGACCACCAUGAUCAGAAGAAAAAACUUGAUGAGUUAGAUGGGAGUUCUCAUUAUUCUGGGAAGCUGAAAACUGAACCGUCAUUCAACAAAAAUAGACCGUAUGGUGAGAACUGUACGAGGGAUAAAUCCCAAUGGAAGGAUUCAGGAGAGUUGUUAUCCAUACCGACUAACAAAAAGAACCAGGACAUGGUUUUCAUAAGUGACUUGCAAGAUGAUGCUACAGCUGGUGAAGUAAGAUCAGAUAAAUGUAGGAGCAAGAAAACACCUUUAGGAAAAGUGUCCAUUGAGAGUUGUAAAGAUGAUACAAGAGUGUGUCAGAAUUUUAAUGCUAUCUCAGAUGCAAAUGGCAGUCGAUAUUAUGCAUCUACUCAGAAGCCUGAAACCACCAAAACUAUCCCAAUCGUUCAAGGGGAAAUGGUCUCUGGAAAAAGAAAAAAGAAAUCGGUUCAGCCUUCUGGUGCAGGUCAAGUUGAAGUCUUGGGUCAAGGCAGUGAUGUAUUGAACACCAAAACACAAAUAAUAGGGCAUGGUGAUAAUGUAGCACAUGAUAAAUGUGUAAGAAACUCCAACCCAAAUGGCAGUAAGAUGAAAGGUCAUGAUGACAUAAGCUCUUUGAAAAAGGGAUCCACAAGUCAGGCUGUCUCCAACUCUAUCAAAGAGGCCACAGACUUGAAACAUAUGGCUGAUCGCCUAAAGAAUGCUGGGUCGAAUCGCGAGAGUACAAGUUUUUACUUUCAGGCAGCACUCAAGUUUCUCUAUGGUGCCUCCCUUUUGGAAUCUUCUUCCGGACAUUCCAAGCAUAAGAGCAGUGCUAGAUCAAGACAAAUUUAUGAUAGCACUGCAAAACUUUGCAAAUUUUGUGCUCGUGAAUAUGAGAAAUAUAAAGACAUGGGAGCCGCUGCUCUGGCUUACAAAUGCAUGGAAGUAGCCUAUCUAAGGAUGAUUUAUUCCUCCCGUGACAGCACGAGCAGAUACAGAUACGAGUUGCAAGCCGCCUUGCAAGUGAUUCCUUCAGGUGAAUCUCUUUCUUCUGCCACCGAUGUUAAAAACUUAAGCCACACAUCCCCAGCAGAAAAGGCUUCCUCCUCUUAUGUUGUGAGAUCUCCUAAAGUUACUGGAAACCAGUUUAUCUCUUCAGAAAGCCAUUUUUAUCUUUCCCAGCUUUUGGCAUUUUCACAAAAUGCCAUUUCUGCAAUGGAUGCUUCAAGAAAAGCACAGGUGGCUCUGGGGGCUGCAAAAGGGAAAUCGGUUGAUGUGCAUUACGAUAGUGAUGGUAUUUCAUCCAUCAAAAGAGCCCUUGAUUUCAACUUUCAGGACAUGGAGGGAUUGCUGCUUGUGGUUCGCCUUGCAAUGGAAGCGAUCAACCGUUGAAAAUAAUCUCACCUUUCCCUGUGGAAUAACUUUUUUCCGGUUGACAUGGUUUUCGAAUUCUCACGCUACACAGGAAAACCUUCAGGUUGGCACCCUAGAGCUUCAACUCUUUUCUGACAGGUCGAGGACAGAAGAUAGAACUUGUUGGUUAUAAUUCUUCACUACAUCAGUGUAUGUAUAGUAUCGGCAUAUGAUAGGCGAGAGAGAUAUCCGAAGAAAAAAGGAAUCUGGUCUUGUAUAAUUUAGGUGUACUGCCAAAGAAGAUUUUGUGUAGAUAGAGAAAUAUAGGGCUCUGGACCAAAGGUUCCCACUUCUGUAGCAUUUUUCGUAGGGGUUUUCGCUUUUCAACCCCACGAAUUCAUCCAUCCAUCUGUAAAACUUUCAGUAUGUUA